AUGUCUCUCCAGGGGACGGACACGUGGAAGCGUCAUGUCAAGCCCAAGACUUUCCUCAGGAUCUCUCUUGCCGUCUUGUGUGUCGUGGUCCUGCAUAAUGUGCGUGAGCCGCAGCGUGCCUGCCUCGGACUCCGACGUGGAUUGGACGGCGUCGCAUAGCGCGCCGUGUUUCGUGCCGUCGCCAAAUUUUCACCACGAUCCUGACCAAUAACUUGUGAUGGUUCAUUACACUCCCUAUGUGCCCUACAGGUAUGGAGUCUUUCCGGUGGCACGCAUCCUCAGCUAGCUCGUCACCUCGGCACAAUAUGGGGCACGGGCUCGCCCUCCCCCCAGAGAUUCGCCGCGACAUCACUCCAGCAGAUUGCGCACUCCCUCCUCCCCGGCCCAGCGGUGAGCUUCCCGGAUAGCAGUCAACUCAGCUGUUGUAAUCAUAGCUGACAGACAUGUUUGCUCGGACUUGCCCUUUGGUCUGUGGCUAGGACGCCGACUCGGAUGUUAUCGUGAAUCGAAUCGACUACCUACUAGCGCAUCCGCCGAGGCCGCCGUACAACUUCUUAAUUGGCACGAUGGAGCGCAACGAAGGGCCCGACAUCAUUGAAUGGCUUUUCUACCACAUGCUGAUAGGGUUCGAGCAUUUUGUCGUCUACGAUCACAUGAGCGACGAUGAUACGCGCGAGCGCCUCCUGCCGCUUGUCGAGCUGGGAUGGGUCACGCUGGUUUCGCAAGAGGACAGCAGCAGAUGGGCCCAGCCUCGGUCGGUCGACACCUUCAUGAGCGAGUGGAAGCUCCGCUCGAAAUGGCUGUUCUUUCUUGACAUCGACGAGUACGUAGCACGCAACCAGACCCAGGUCGCGGCCGCAGGAGGUAUGGGCCACGAGGAGAGCCCCUUCACGGCCUGGUUCGAAAGCGAGUACGGCAACGUGGGGGGUGUGGCCAUCCCUCGGCUUUGCUUCACCUCCAAUGGUCACUAUCAGCGACCGCAGCAAGGAGUGAUGCAGGCCUACACCGAGGCAAGGGCUGUCGACCGCAACUUUUUCGUCCCCAAGCUCAUACUCCAGGCUCGGUACCGAUUGGGCGGUGACAUCCACAAAGCCACGUUCUCAGACAAACGCGAAUUGGUCGAUCCCUUGCACAAAAAGGGAGACGAGAAACUCAAACAGGAUGGAGACUAUCCUUUCUACAUCCACCACUACUGGGCCAAGUCGUGGGACGAGUGUGUGAAGCGCAUCAAGCAGAAGGCGUUCCCCGGCUCGUGGCGGGAAGAAAUGGGUGACCGGUUCUGUCGCUACGAGAUGAGGGGGACCGAGCAAUACGCCGAACUUGCGCAUGAGGAUUACAACGCCCUCGCUAGCUAUGGUCGUGGUGUGAUGCGCGCCGUCCUUGCGUUCGAGCACAAGUACGCGCGGAUCCCGCCCUCGGCGUUCACACUGUCGGUUUUGGCCCAAGGAAUGUCCUCAAACUCUCGCACGGAGCUGCCACAGCUUUACGUUGAUGCUGGUACCACGUUUGUAGUUGAUGCUUCGGGAGCCACUGCUGGCUACUUGUCCGUCCGCCUCGCGAAUUCGACGACGAAACGGCAGCUGCCAGUCACUCGCCUCGACGACGGUGGCGUAGCUUUUACUCUCCCCGCAGUGGCGGGUGGAGUUGAGAUCACCAUCACACGCGAGUACUCAAGUUUACCGUCCCCUGUAGCCGAUCCCGUCAGCCCAUGCUCUAUCAUGGGUCACAUCGAGAACCAACCUGAUCGUACGCAGCUCAAGCGCCUCGCCCAGGGGCCGUGUCGAGGCGUCAACCCUUCGGAUGCGUUCCAUCUUGCCAAGACAACUUGGCGCCAUCCGCAACUGCAGAACGACGUCCUCUUCACUCGCUUCGUUCACGUCAAGGAGGACCUUCCCGCAUCCAUGCCCUCGCAGCCGCUCUCGUUGGCCGCGCUUGGUCAAGGCAGCUGGAGGAAGCGCACUUUCAACGAGAUCUCGGAAACCUUGGGCAAGCAUCGACUCUACUCGUUCGAGCGGUGUCCCCACGCGUUCGACUCGAACUACUGGGGUCCGAGCUGUGGCAACGAGACGCGGCUGUCGAGGGAAGGCGUCUGGCGGUGGACACCCGAUGAUGCCAGCUCUUACAAGACGAUCUCGCUCUGGAACGAUCAACUCGAGUCGUGUCUGCGCGCAAAAUCGUCUCGCCCGCGGCGCAUCCUCCUCGUCGGCGAUUCGGUGAUGUCGCACACGUUCAUGGCCUCGAUAUGCAUGCUCGAGCAAGCCAAAGUCACCGUGGACAAGCACGUCCGCUUCUCGUCGCUGCAGUACGAGAUGUUCGACAUGGUCGAUCAAACCAUGUCCGAGCAGGACUGGGAGAAGCUUCUUCGGUGGGACAGCGGCGCGAACGACGACGAAUGGCCCGAUGUGGCGGUCGUUAACGUGGGCCUAUGGGCUGCAACGUGGGCCUCGCUGGACAACUAUGCCGCCGGCCUCGAGAUUGCGCUGCAGCACUUGGGUCGAAUCGAGCAGAGGCUCGGGAUCCGCAUCGUGUGGCGAGAGACGACGGCGUCAUUCCCUGGCCGGGACCUGACCGCCGACCCCUUGUACCAAGUCAACCCGCGUAUCGAGGCGAUGAACGAGAUCGCGAAUCGUCUCGUGGCGGCCGCCGGGAUUCCUCGCAUCGACGCGUAUCGGAUGAGUUCGGCCAGGGUCGACUCGGCUCGGGACAACGCGCACAUGUGUCCGUGGGUCCAAGGGGACCUGGUUGAAGUCAUGAUGUAUGCGCUGUGCAAUCACGUAUUCUCGUAA